AUGUACACUAUCAACUUGCUUUCUAUGUGGAUCACGAUCUCGCUACUCGCUAUUGCUUCCGCAAACCCGAUCGUCAGGAAAUCGCUCAAUCCCAAGCUCCUCAGCAUUAGAUCACCCCUCACCAACUCAGCCUUUUCAGAAGACUGGCCUACCAAUGUAGUCAUGGUUGGAGGGUCCCAGACUUAUGGCAUGUGGGUCCCCACGGAUGGAACCUGGUACGAUUUAGGGGGCAUUGAGUGUCUCGGCUUGCCUGCAUAUGCGAUUGGCGACUGCAACGAUAUUACCAUCGACCAGAUUGGAGUCGUGGCAGGAUACGGACCUUGCAGUUUCGUUGGCAGCGACGGCUACUCCUCCACCAUUCCAGGCAAUCCUGGCGACGGCUACUAUACGGUCGGCCCGCCCCAGAACAUCAUGUCUGCUGCGUGUGGUCCGGCAUGA